CUCCUUCAGUAGCAGGUGAGCAUGGAGCUCAUGCACAGCCCCAGCAGGUAGCAUGUGGGCGGACGUGGAGUACAGCCCGGUGGGAGAGGGGCUGGGGAUGCGGGACUUCUGGCUCUAUGUGUGGAUGAGGAGGGCGGCGGUGAUCGCGGCUCAUGUCACCGGCCUCGGCCUGACCCUCAUCAUCUCCCUGCUGUCCAGACCCGGAACCAGUCUGUUUUCCUGGCAUCCAUUGUGCAUGUCUGUUGCAUACUGCCUGUGUAUGACUGAAGGCAUCCUCCUCUUCUCAGCUGAAGGAUCCCCCUUCUGCUUUAAGUCUCGGAAGGGUAAAGUCCGUCUCCACUGGUUCUGCCAGGCUCUGGUCCUGAUAGCUGCAGCUACUGGGCUCAGCUUCAUGGUGGCCAGCAAGAACGUGUCAGAGCGCCCUCACCUGGUCAGCUGGCACAGCCUGCUGGGCAUCUGCACAUUGGCCGCCACAGCGCUCCAAGCGGCCUGCGGCGUCUGCGUUAUGUUCCCCAAGCUGCUGCGUCUGAACCGGCCCGUGCAGAGGCUGAAGCUGUACCACGCUACCUGCGGCUUGGUGGUCUACCUGCUGGCCACAGUGACCAUCAUGUCGGCCAUGUUCUCAGACUGGUUCCAGGCCACCGUUAAAGGGGUGGCAUGGUGGGCCUUCCUCCUGCUGCCCCUCUUUCCCGCCCUGGUGGUGAUGAACCAGAUCACUAAUGGCUACCUGCCCCGCAAGAAGAUCACCAGCUAGUAGACACAGAGGAUUAGACUGUAUUUACUCUGUGGCCACAUUGGAUUGAUGUUUUAAUCAGAGGCUCAGAGACAAUCAAAGGCUAAAGCAGCAUUUGAAGAUGAAAUAAUCAAAGCAAACCGCUUCACACACUAGUAGUCUCAUAGACUGAAGAAGAACAUGAAAACAAGCGUCUGUCUUCAACCACAUAUUUAUCAAGGGAAGGUUUGAAGCCUGGAACCUAAUUUUACAGCUUGUCCUCAUCUCUGUUAGUUACUGGAGACAGAAAAUCCUCAUUUAGAGACCCAACAUACACAUCUCAAAACACACACACAAAAUACAGCUGAUUUUGAUCAUUUGUGCCCACUAAUGAUCAAUUUGUAUUCUUGAAUUGAAAAUGCAAAAUGUCUUCAUAAGUAAGUUCCUCAUUUUACCUCACUUGUUAUCACAUUGAUUCCUUGUGAUAAAUAAUUGAUGUAAUUUGAGGAAUGAAUUCAUUUGAGGGUACAAAUUUCACAUUUGAGCAUUUUUUAUUCAUUUGAGGAGUCAAACGACUAAGUUGUGUUCUUACCCGUCAUACCUUCUCUACAGCAUUUAUUGGCCAGUAAAAGAACUGCAACUAGAAACAUUUAGUGUCCUCAAGCUGCAACUACGGUUCAAAUGAAAAACAAAAAGGGAUUCUCAAAGAAUCAGAUGACACUAUGCAUAAAAUGUGAAUUAUGAAGCGCAGAUGUGCGCACAGACACAUGAGGUAUGGUCAUCAGUCUGACAAAGUGCUGGAGGCAGAGCUGAGCUGGUCUACAUCUCUGCCUUUGCCUCUCCAGAGGAAUAUUUGCACUACAUAUGCAGUGAAAGCAAAAGAGACUCUUUCUAAAGGGAUAUAAAGCACGACUGCUGUUUAGUUUAACACUGAGUGUGUUAGCAGCUCCUGCAAUGAAGGUGCUGUGGUGGAUUAUAUACCAGCCUGUAAACUCUUAUUUAUUUAUUCAUUUGUGGUGUUUUUGUGCUGCGUCUGUCUCGACUGCUUACAGGUGCUACAUGUUGUCUUUAGCAUUUAAAACUCAAACACAAAUAUACAACAUUUUUUUUUUCACAUUACACAUAUUCAGUGGCAGAAAAUGUGUAAUGUGUAUAUAGACAUUUUCAGUGAU